CUCAUCUAAAUCUUCACCAUCCUGCUUCUUUUACCCACUGCUCUUUGUUAACAACAUGUAAACACUUUCCGUGAUGUUAGAUUUCUGCGUUUGGUGGCGGGAAUUUAGAUUUAAUGUCAUUUUUGUAGGGGAAGCCGGUUUGGUGGCUAUCACGUUAGCUUCCCGCCAUGUUGGCUCCGUGUGCCGAUAUAACUGCACAAAACUACUGUGUUUGAACGCUAAUUUCUGUACUUGACACGUUCCAUGCGUUCUACCGUGUUAACUGGUGUUUUGGGGUAAUUCUCGCGUUAUCUGUGGGUGUUAUUAGUGCCGUAAACGGCUGGUUCCGUGUCGAUUUUAGCUGCACCAAACUACUGUGUAAAAACGCUCAUUUUUGUACUUAACAUGUCCCAUGUGUUCUACAAUGUUAACUAGUGUUUCUGCUUAAUUUUCGAGAUAUCUGAAAAUGGUCCGCUACUCUCUCGACCCCGAGAACCCGACUAAAUCAUGCAAGUCGAGGGGAUCCAACCUCCGGGUUCACUUCAAGAACACCCGUGAGACGGCCCAGGCCAUCAAGGGCAUGCACAUCCGCAAGGCCAACAAGUACCUGCGGGACGUGGUGGUCAAGCACCAGUGUGUUCCUUUCCGUCGCUACAACGGAGGCGUGGGCCGCUGUGCUCAGGCCAAACAGUUUGGCUGGACUCAGGGCCGCUGGCCCAAGAAGAGCGCCGAGUUCCUCCUCCACAUGCUGAAGAACGCCGAGAGCAACGCCGAGCUGAAGGGUCUGGAUGUGGACUCUCUGGUCAUCGAGCACAUCCAGGUGAACAAGGCUCCAAAGAUGAGGCGCCGCACGUACCGCGCCCACGGCCGCAUCAACCCGUACAUGAGCUCGCCGUGCCACAUCGAGAUGAUCCUCACGGAGAAGGAGCAGAUCGUCCCCAAACCAGAGGAGGAGGUGGCCCAGAAGAAGAAGGUUUCACAGAAGAAGCUGAAGAAGCAGAAGCUGAUGGCUCGGGAAUAAGAUCUGAAAUAAAGCUGACUUAUCACCA